AUGACUACUUUAACAGAAAAGCCCACUAUUGGUAUUGUUAUACCAGCUGCUGGUCGCGGCACACGUGCAGGUCAAGGCUGCCAAAAGGCCUAUCGCCGAAUCGGGGGUGACACAGUGCUCAACCGUGUUCUGAAGCUGUUCCGAUCAUGGAAUACCAAUUGUCCGAUUGUCAUCGUUCAUCAUAGGGAUGAUACAUCUUUGCUCGAAGCUUCCAUAGACCGUGACUGUAAUGUCCAUACUACCUCGGGAGGCGUCGAACGACAAGCAUCCGUCCUACAGGGCUUACGCUUCCUCUCUUCUCUCCCGAAGAGCCCUUCACACGUCUUCAUCCAUGACGCAGCGCGUCCAUUCGCACCCCACAGUCUACUCAAUGAUGUUCUGGAAUCCAUUAUUAGGGAGCCCUUAACAGGUGUGAUCCCGGCCAUUGCAGUGUCCGAUACGCUCAAAAAGACCGACUCAAACGGCCUGAUUAAGGCAACAGUUCCACGCGAUGGCCUUUUCCGCGCCCAAACUCCGCAGGCAUUUACGUUACAGACAAUCCUGAAUCUCCACGAAAUGGCAGCUACUUCUGCUUCAUCGUACACGGAUGACGCCUCACUCUUGGAGGAAGCAGGACUACCUGUACGCAUCGUACAAGGCGAUUCACAGAAUAUUAAAUUGACCUACUCUUCUGAUUUCGAAGAAGGGGAAAGGCUACUACGAGCCAACAGCCCGACACCCGCCUCGGUACCCGACGUCCGAGUUGGUCACGGGUAUGACACGCAUCGUCUUGUCCCUGGAGAGGAGAUCACACUCUGUGGUGUAAAUAUCCCGCACACUUCCACACUCCUCGGUCACUCCGACGCAGAUGUCGGUCUACACGCUCUGACAAAUGCAUUCCUCGGCACGAUUUCCGCCGCGGAUAUUGGAAGCCACUUCUCGCCGAAGGAUGUCCGGUGGAAGGGAGCUUCGUCUGAUCAGUUCCUUAGACAUGCGGCUGAGCUUGUCAAGCAGGGCGGUGGUGUUAUUACGCAUUGCGAUGUGAGCUUUGUGUGCGAGAAGCCGCGGAUUAGUGAUCACCGUGAUGCUAUGCGGGAAUCCGUUGCUGGUAUUGUGGGGUUGGAUACGAGUCGCGUUUCGGUCAAGGCGGGGACGAAUGAACGCAAUGGGUUUGUGGGUCGUGAGGAGGGGAUAGUUGCUUUCGCUACAGCUACGGCUGUUUUUCCGAAUGGCUUGGUGUUGUGA